GCAUAAGUGCGGAAGCAUAAUAAUGUUCAUCAAUGGUUCAUCAUGAUCAACCCAUCACCGGCCUACUACUAAGCGCAGGUCUCCUGUCAAAAUGAGAAAUUCCUUAUUUUGCGUGUUUUAAUUGCGAAAGUUACAGAGCUGAUCUGAGUUAUUGUUUCAAAAGUUCUUGAAAGUGGUUUAGAUUAUAAAAAUGGAAAGAACAAGGAAGAAAAGACGUGAAGAAGAACCGAUGGCAGUGGACGAAAAUACUGUGGAACAGAAUGGAGAAAUUGACCAUAUAUCUGACGAUGAAGAAGGUGGAGUUCGUAUAGGCGACAUCUACAUACCCCCGGCGCCGAAACCAGCGCUUACAUUCGAUGCAACAGGCCCAAGAUUGAUAAUCACUCACAUUGUUAAUGAAAACUUCAAGAGCUAUGCUGGCGUACAGACUUUAGGCCCAUUUCAUAAGAGUUUCACAGCUAUAAUAGGACCCAAUGGUAGUGGGAAAAGCAACGUAAUAGACUCUAUGCUCUUUGUAUUUGGCUACAGAGCAGCUAAGAUUCGUUCUAAGAAGAUCUCUGUCCUCAUACAUUCAUCUAGCAAGUUUCCAAAUAUCACUAAUGCGUGUGUUGCUGUACACUUUUGUCAGAUUAUUGAUGGGGAAGGUGAAGAGUUUACCGUGGUACCAAACAGUGAGAUUGUGGUAUCAAGAACAGCUGGUAAAGACAACUCCUCAUACUACACACUGAAUGGCAAAAGAGUUCAGUUUAAGGAGGUCGCAAGAAUGUUGAAUUCACAUGGAAUUGACUUGGAUCACAAUAGAUUUCUUAUUCUGCAGGGUGAAGUUGAACAAAUAGCCAUGAUGAAGCCAAAAGGUCUGACUGAGCAUGAGUCUGGGAUGCUGGAAUAUUUAGAAGAUAUUAUUGGCACUUCCAGAUAUAAGGAACCCAUAGAAAAACUGUCAGUGAAAGUGGAAGAAUACACAGAAAUGCGCAAAGACAAGCUCAACAGAGUCCGCCUGGUUGAACAAGAGAAGCAGAAGCUGGAGCAACCCAUGAGAGAAGCUGUGGAGCUCAUGAACUUGACCAAUGUUGCGCUGAGAACUAGGAAUAUGCUGUUACAGAAAUAUAUUCACGAAACUAACAAAAUGAUUGAACACAAGAACAAGGAGUUGGAAGAACUAAAGGAAGUUUUGGCCAAAAUUGAUGAGAAAUUAAACAAAAUCAAAGAGACUUUACACGAGAAAACUACAGAACUGAAGAACGGUACACAACAGUACGACCAGAUGCGCAAGCAAAAGGACGAGCUGGGCGAAAAGCUGCAGCAGUGUAAACGCAAAGCCGUCACAGCGCAAGCCGAUUUGACGCAGGCCAACAAGAAAAAGAAGAUUCUAGAACACUUGCUGGAACAAGAGAAGGGGAAAUUGAUUGAUUUAGAAAUGGUCCCUGAGAAAAAUAAACGUGAAAUUGAAGAUUGUGAGAAAUUAUUAGAAAAACACAAGGAAAACAAAGUGGUUGCUGAGGAGGAACUGCAAACUGUUAUGGCUGGUGUAAGAUCAAAAACCCAAGGUCUUCAAGAGCAAAAAGACAAACUACAAUCAAAGUUAAUAGACCUAAAGAAAAUUGUAGACGAAGCGAACAAGAACUAUAUGCUCGCCCAAUCCGAACUCAAGAUAUAUCUGAGCACAGAGGAAAAGGAAGCAGAGAAAUAUGAGAAUUUAAAACAGGCAUAUGAAAAUGCUACUAAGAGUUUAGAAGAAAAGAACGCUUUACGUAAAAAUCUAUCGUCCACAAUACCCUCUCAAGAGAAAAAGUUGAAUGAAAUACAAACCAAACUCCAGGCCAUUAAGAGAGAGGAGGGGACUGUGUCCACUGAAGCAAGAAGUUUAAGAGGUCAAUUGGAAGAAUCGAGGCAAGCUAUGACUGCCAACCGAUCCCGUGGAAGGGUGUUAGAUGCUCUGAUGAAAGAAAAGAAGGCGGGAAACUUACCUGGUAUUUUUGGGAGAUUGGGUGAUCUCGGUGGUAUAGACGCAAAAUACGAUGUAGCGAUAUCCACAUGUUGCGGGGCUCUCGACAAUAUCGUAGUAGACACCGUGGACACCGCGCAAGCCUGUGUAGAGUACCUAAAGAGACAUAACAUAGGCCGAGCUACCUUCAUAGCGCUCGAGAAACAGCAGCAUUUGCUCAGCCGGAUCCAGAAUAAGACCAAAUAUCCAGAAAACGUGCCACGUCUUUUCGACCUGGUGAAAGUGAAAGAUGAAAGGGUGUUGCCGGCGUUCUAUUACGCUCUGAACGAAACGUUGGUGGCGGAAGACUUGGACCAGGCUUCAAGGAUCGCGUAUGGAGCUACGAGAUAUCGAGUGGUUUCACUCGACGGAAAAGUUAUUGAAAUUGUUGGUACGAUGUCCGGCGGUGGUAAAACCGUAUCACGUGGCCGAAUGUCGAGCUCAGUACAACAGGACACGAGUGAGAAUGACCCCGCUGUCAUACAGGCGACCGAGCAGAAACUAGCUUCGCUUGAGCAGAGGUUAUCAGAUCUCCGCAGUGAGCAAGCGAAUUUGGAAGAGUCGUUCGCGUCCACUCAGAGAAGUGUGAGGGAGGGUAAAGUGACAUUACACAAACUGGACAUCGAGACCAAGAGUUUGACUGAGCAAGUGCCUGCAUUGGAGCAUCAAAUAAAGCAGCAAGAAAGUAGAGUUGCGUCGAGCAAAGUAGACGCAAGGCAGAAAGCGAAGUUAGAAAAAGUUUUGAAAGCCGCCGAGGAAAAACUGGAGAAAGCGAAACACAACGCAGGAGAGGUAGAGAAAGAGGUCCACGGCGUAGACGCACAAAUAGCGGCGGUGGCGGGCAACAAAGUGAAAGACCUGCAGAAGAAUGUGGACGAGCUUACUAAGAAGAUAGACAAGAUCUCCACCGAAAUGACUAAGCUUAAAGUCGCUAUUAACACCAGCAUCAGGAAUUCAAAGAAGUCCAAGGACAAAAUCAAUCAAAUGGAAUCAGAUUUGAAGGAAACCGAAAAGAAUGUAGAGAAUUUAAAUAGCCAAAAGAAACAACUCAGUUUGGACAGUGCACAGUUCCAAAAGGAAUGUGAUGAGUUAGAAGAACAAAUCAACGAAGGCACGAGUGAAUUCAGCGGCUUAAGACAAGAAAUAGCGAAGUUACAAAGCAAGGAGAACAAGAUAAAGAGCGAGCGACUCGAGGCUAACAACGCCGUCAGCAAAAUGGAGAAGUCCAUUAAAGAAUGUACGACGAAGACACCUACGUGGGAGAAAGAAUUGAAAUCACUAAAACUGGAAGAUCCCGGGCUAGAUGGCGUGCCGGGAAUUGAACGGCCGGCGCCGCUCGAGCGACACACGCCCGAGGAGCUGGAAGAGUGUGCGGUGGACGAGCUCAGGAACAGACUGACGGCGCAGAAAGCCAGGAUCGGGGAAAACAAGCCCAACGUUCAGGCUAUUCAGGACUAUAGGACAAAAGAGGAAGUAUACCUUAAACGUGCAGCGGAGUUGGACGAAAUUACGACGAAGCGGAAUGAAAUGAGGGCUCUAUACGACCAGCUGAGAAAGAAAAGGACUACAGACUUUCUAUGUGGUUUCAACACAAUAACAACGAAACUAAAGGAAAUGUACCAAAUGAUCACACUAGGUGGCGACGCAGAGUUGGAACUUGUAGAUUCUUUGGAUCCAUUCACUGAAGGAAUUACCUUUAGUGUUCGCCCUCCAAACAAAUCGUGGAAGAAUAUAUCAAACCUUUCUGGAGGAGAGAAGACGUUGUCAUCCCUCGCCUUGGUGUUUGCUCUACAUUAUUAUAAACCUACCCCCUUGUAUGUUAUGGACGAAAUCGACGCUGCUUUGGACUUUAAGAACGUCUCUAUCGUUGCCAAUUAUAUUAAAGAACGUACCAAAAACGCCCAAUUCAUAAUAAUAUCGCUCCGGUACAACAUGUUUGAAGUUUCCAACAGGCUUGUUGGCAUUUACAAGACGGAGGAUUGCACAAAAUCUGUUACCAUAGAAAAUAAGUUGCCUGAACAGACUGCGACGGAAAUUAUAGCUUAGGCAUCAAGACAUAGGACUAGAAUUGUACUCAAACUGAAGAUACUAAAAGCUAUAAUAGAAACGACGAACGCAAGUGAAAUUAGGUUUAGUGUUGGUACAAAUAAAGACUAAUAUUACA